UAAAAAUUACCACAGUGUUCGUCUUUGCGAGCAAACAUGCUUUGGACAAUGCUUCAACUAAAGUAUUUGAUAUAUCUGAAUAUCUGUCUGAUACCAUGCGACUCAAAUGAGAUCGCUUGAACUCAGCAUCGCCGCAGCUAAUUCGAUUGACGAUUGGUCUUCACUUCGGCGGGUAAUACUUUUCCACUAAACCCGAUACUAUAUUUUAAUUUGGUUUGACCAUAAUCGACUACCAGUUUUCCCCAACUCUGUUCUCUCGUUAACCGAAAAACCCACUCCAAAAAAUGUCAGUAAAAGGAAAUUUCUUAGACUCUUCCCCUUCAAAAUGCUGAAAAGGAGCGAAAGAGAACAUCCAGAACAGAAGUUGAACAAAUGGGUAUUUGCAAAGUUUUUCUCGAGCUCUUAGCAAGUAUCUUAACUGUGCUCUGUUGGCCUUCAUACGCUUUAAUUUAUCCCUUAUAUGUUUCAAUUCGGACGGUAGAGAAUAAUUCCUCCUUCAAAAAUCAGCAAUGUCUGACAUACUGGGUUCUCUUUGCUUUGAUAACAAUGGUGGAGCUGACGCUUGGGAAGUUUUUGAAUUGGUUUCCCUUUUGGCCCUGUGCAAAGGGUGUUGCCACCAUAUUGCUGGUCACACCUUACUUUGGUGGUGCUUCUUAUGUCUUCAAGCAUUUAAUCAGACCUUAUUUUAGUGAGAAAAUAUGGAACAUCCUGUUCUUCCCGAAGAAGAAGGACAUUGUAUCCGAAGCACAGAAUGGCAUCCUUGAUGAUGCUGAUACAAACAGACUCAAGAAUGGGCCAAAAUUGGAGGAACUAAUUAUCAAUGGCGAGGGAAAUUUUGAUCGCAGUUCUGACAAUAAAGAGGUGAAUUCUACUUGGUUAACCCAUCCAAAGAGAGUUCAAAAGGAAUGGAGCUGUGUACUUUGUCUGGUAAGUGCUUCAAGUGAAAAAUGUUUAAAGAAACACCUUCAAGGGAAGAAACACAAAACCAAGGAAGAUGAGCUCAGAGCAGAUGCACUGGCAUUGAGGGCCACUUGUAAGUUAUCUUCAGUGCCAAAGAAAGCUGGGAGGGUUGUUUUACUCAGAAACCUGAACUUUGAAAGCCUUCUAAAUCCUGUCACCAGCUCAAUUACAUGGUGUAGAUGGAAGAAGCCAGAGAUAGGAUGCAUAAAAUUAAACACAGAUGGAUCCGUAGUUCCAGAAAAUGCAGGUUUUGGUGGUUUGCUUCGCGAUUAUAAGGGUGAUCCAUUAUGUGCUUUUGUCUCUAAAGCUCCUCAAGAUGAUAUUUUCUUGGUUGAACUAUGGGCAAUUUGGAGGGGUCUUGUUCUUGCUUCAGGUUUAGGUAUUAAAGUAAUAUGGGUUGAAUCUGAUUCAAUGAGCGUUGUGAGAACCAUUAAUCGAGAGCAGUUUCAUGGUGCAAAGUGUAGUCGCUGUUUGAAGCAAAUCUGGAAGCUUCUAACUAUGUUUGACAAUUAUAGGGUUACUCAUUCAUGGCGGGAAACUAAUAAAGCAGCUGAUCAUCUUUCAAGGAUGGUUCUCAGGGAAAGUGAUGCGGUCUUGUGGCCUGUUGACUUUCCUGAUAGCCUUAACAACAUUAUCCAGGAUGAUGCAAGGGGCAAGAUUUACUUUAGACGUUAACAUCUGAUAUUGACUUUAUAACCAAAAGAAGGGAAAAAAUAUGAAGAUGAUUGAGGCCGUUCAGCAUUUGUGUAGGGUAGUAAUUAGAACACGUGGUGUUGUAUAAGAUUUCUUAGAUGGUUCGGGCAUGCAUUUGGAAUAUAGGAUUUAAACUCUGGUGAGUUUUUAAACUCCAGGAAGACCUUUACCUUGUGAGAUGACUGACUGCGUAGGUGCCUGUGGCAACUCGUGAUCAGGAACUAUGAAAACUUGCACAUUUCAACCAGAGGCAGUAAGGCACCCAUUUGAAGUCUGAAGUUCUUACUAUCAUGGAAAUCACAGUCGGGCCCGAGUUCCUGGUCUUGUACGUUUCGUUAAUUUGUCUUGUACAUUCUCCUUGACCAAUAUGAACCCUUUCAUAUGUAUAUUGGUGGCUUCAUGACAUAAUAACAUACUUCUUUAGAAAAGUAAGCAUUCUUUUGUUAAGGAAAGGUAGGUUUUUAUUUAUAAAUUUAACAUUCACAUUAUAUAUUCGUGACAUUUAAUCUCAUUCAA